AUGUCCUCGUCCAUGGCCAUAGUGUUUUUGUCGUUGGCGCCCAUCAUGUCUGGCAGCAUGCCCAUGGGCAUGCCCAUCAUGUCUCCGGCUCCUCCCAUCAUCCCCAUCAUGUCCCCGCCUUCGCCCGCCUUUCCCAUCAUGUCACUCGCCUUCAUGCCACCCAUCAUGCCACCCAUCAUGCCACCCUUCAUGCCACCCUUCAUCCCACCCAUCGUGCCACCCAUCGUGCCACCCAUCGUGCCACCCAUCAUGCCACCCGUCAUGCCACCCAUCAUGUCCUGUGUCAUUCCAGCAGCGGAUGCCAUGCCACCCAUCAUGUCCUUUGUCAUUCCAGCAGCGGAUGCCAUGCCUCCCAUCAUGGUCAUCUCGGACAUCAUCAUCAUCAUUGUUGUGCUGGGCAUCAUUGUUGUGCUGGACAUCAUGGUAUCCUUCAUAUCUGUCAUGUUCAUGUCUUCCAUGGUCAUGUUCAUGUCUCCCAUGCCCAUGCCCAUGUCUCCCAUGCCCAUGUCCAUGUCUCCCAUGCCCAUGCCCAUGUCUCCCAUGCCUCCCAUGCCCAUGCCCAUGUCUCCCAUGCCUCCCAUGCCUCCCAUGCCAGCUCCUUCACCAGCCCCUCCUGCUCCUUCACCAGCCCCUCCUGCUCCUUCACCAGCCCCUCCAGGACCUGCAUCCUGUGUUCUCACUUGCCUUGCUGCCAUGAGCAGCACCAAUGAUACAGCAGCUGUCACCCAGACCAACUUAUGUGCCAUCUUGUCAAUUUUAUCGGCUUUGGGAUUGGGGAUCAGGUUGUUUUUCAGGCACAAUAUGGCGAUGAGCAGAUUGCUUCACAUAUUGGCAGCGACCAUGCUGGUGCUGCUAAUUUCAGGAAGGCACGUCAAUGCUCAAGAAGAACCAGCUGGCGAGGCUGCUGCACCAGCAGAUCCUGCCAUGGUGGGGGAAGGCGAAAUGCCGGCGGAUGGAGCAGAGGCUGCAAUGGGUGACGGAAUGGGUGACGGAAUGGGUGACGGAAUGGGUGGCGGAAUGGGUGACGGAAUGGCUGACGGAAUGGGUGACGGAAUGGCUGGCGGAAUGGGUGACGGAAUGGGUGGCGGAAUGACUGACGGAAUGACUGACGGAAUGGGUGACGGAAUGACUGACGGAAUGACUGACGGAAUGACUGACGGAAUGACUGACGGAAUGGGUGACGGAACGAUGAUGAUGUUGACGAUGGAAACUAUGGCAGGCAAAGCUGCAACCACGACUGCGCGGCGACGUUCGACAUCACGAAGCAAGUCCAAAGCCCCAUCAAUGAACAUGAUGAUGAUGAACGCCGCCAUGAUGAACAUGAUGUCGACUGCUAAACCAGACGACGGUGGUGGUGGCAUGAUGAUGCAAAUGGUUCCGGACAUGGGCAAGAAGGCGUCCACCACCGUCUCUGGCAACGGCUUGGGUUCAACUGGCUCGGGCAUCGCCAUGGGACCUCUCACCUUCACCAACAUUGUCGCCACUGACAUGUUUGAAGUGGUGCCCAGGAUGAUGGAGGCGGGAACUGAGAUGAAUCAUGAAAUGACUUUAACGAUGGGAACCAUGGUUGAAGAGUCUGAAGAAAGUGAGGAGGGUACUACUAAAGCAGAGAAAGAAAAACCUUGCUGUUGCCCAGGAGGUAACCCUUGCUGCCCACCUGAACCCGUCACCUGCUGCUAAAACGAAACGGCAAACGACGCAUAUUUAAACUGACUCAAAUAUGGUCAGUGCACGUGUGCAUAUUUAAUCCAGUGUUGUGCACCAUAUACUUUACCAGCUUGUGAAAAUUCUAGCAUUCGAACCCCCUGGGGGUAAAUAUGCUGCAUUCUACAUUCAAGCCAGCUGCUAAGACGUAUCAGCUGGUCUUUGAUGUGUAUAUAGAUAUUUUGUGUUUUGUGUUUUGAAUGAUGUGAGAAAUGCAAUCGGUUUGAUCAGCAA